GCCAGGACCGCUAGGUAGCUCCUUAUGAUCCACACCUCGUUGAUUCGUGGCACUUUUUUUUGUAGCUGCUGCUCGCUCUACCAGUAAUGGCAGUAUCCUUCUUGUUCUUGUCAACAAAACAACUCGCAACAAUACUAGUCAGUAGAUCUACUAGGUGGUUACGGCUUUCCAGCUGAUCUCAAACCGCUCAGGCUCACUCGUGUAGUGAUGAUGGUCGUAAAUCGAUGAAAUGAUUGAGUCAUCGGUCGGACUACACUCGAUGCUCACGCCUCCUAUUAUUAGUAUUAUUGUCUGUCAGUGACAGAUCACCUCGCCAUGCAGUCUCCUGUGGAAAUAGUACCAUUGCCAGCCUCUGAAAACGUUCCCAGGUGUCGAUUAUUAUUGCAUUAUCUGCCUUGGCUGGUCGCACUGUGCCUUCAGAGUGGCGCUUUCGGACAGUUUCCGCUCGCUUGCAUCAACAACGAUGAUUUGCGGAACCAGAAAUGUUGUCCAUCUGUUCCAGUCGGUGGAUCCAAUAUGGAGUGCGGCGGACCCGGCCGAGGAGCAUGUGUACGCAUCACUGAUUCUCACUGUCAUGUAGAAACGUCGGAUGAACCAGCGGAUGUUCUUGCCUAUCUGAAGAAUCCUGUGUCGGAGCCAUCGCGCUACCCAUGGCCUAACCGAGUGUUCACACAAAUCUGUGAGUGUGAGGGGAACUGGGCUGGAUAUGACUGCACCGAGUGUAAGUUCGGUUACGUGAAAACUGCUGAUGAGAGUGUUUGUGUGAAACGCAAAACGCCGCUGGUACGCAGAAACUACUUGACACUGAAUGGAGAUGAGCGAAACUAUUUCAAGCAAGUUCUUGCAGGCUCAUCCAGUCGGCUGAGCAGUCCAAGUCGGUUCGGUGUAUUGAUCUCGGAGGAGAAUUUUAGCAAAUCUUCGCGCACAACUUCAAACUUGAGCCAAGCCGAUUUCAAGAGGGAUCUUUCAGUGUAUGAGUUCAUGAUCUGGUUACACUACUAUGCAGCCAAAGACACCGGGGCGCCAACGGCAACGGAGAAUUCUUCACUGUAUAACGUCAGUGUGGAUUUUGCACAUUUUGGCCCCGCACUCCUCACGUGGCAUCGUUAUUACCAGUUGUUGUUGGAGAGUGAGCUACAACGUUUAUCUGGCAACAGUUCAUUCACCGUGCCGUAUUGGGAUUGGUUGGAUCAUCAGAGCCGGGACUGUUUGUUUGACGAAUUCGAUAUCUUUGAUGGGAACAGGACUGAUAUUGGAGGUGCGUUUGAUUCCUUCAGAAUCACAUGCUUCAAUAGCGUAUAUGCUGAGCCUACAACAGAGCCCAAUGUACUGCUACGCCUUCCUAGACGUGGACCAGGUAGCCUCUGCCCAGAAGCUCACUUCUACAAUGAGGCUGCAAGAGUUUUUAGGAACUACGGCCCAAACGCAAGAAGGUGCCAAUGGCUACCAAGUGAGCGAGACCUGUGGGACAUACUGUCAAGAAUAACGGUGUAUGACAUAGCUCCCUUCAAUCUCCGCGUGCGUGACCCUUCAAGUCUCCGUGCAGCCAUCGAGGGAACAGUGCCGUUUCCUGGCAAGAGCUACUGUGCAACGAAAACGCCGAGAGCCGGUUUGCUGCCGGAAAUGCACAGCCUGGUUCAUGUGUAUGUCGGAGGCAGCAUGGCGAAUGAUUUGAUUUCUCCGUCCGAUCCGAUUUUCUUCCUUCAUCACGCGAUGACGGAUCGUGUGUUUGAACGUCUCAUGGUACGCCUGAGAGAGCUGGGCAACUUGCACUUCCGUCCCGAGCACGGAGCAAGUCCUGGGCACAACAGCAACGACUGCAUGAUCCCUUUCUUUCCACUGCAACGCAACAAGGACAUGAUGAAGCUCAGUGAGGACUUUGGAUACGCCUACGAUAGCUUGCCCAGCCUGAAGACGAAGCCAGGACGAGCAGCCAAGGAAUGGGACCAGUGUGCACCCCAUAAUCCCACGGUGAUUUAUCAUCCCUUACCUACAGCGGAAUCAAGCCCAGCAGUAACGUCAGUGAAUGCAACCUCCCCUCACCUCCACCAUUCACUGUACCAACGCAUUACGGCAAUGCUGUCGUCGUUAGUGACGUACCUGCAAACAUUGCUCUGAAGAAUCCUGCCGUGCUUGCAUCACCCACCCGAAUAUGCCAGGUCACAAUAAUUAUGUUUGGAACAUUGUCAACAGUGACAUGUGCUUUAGCUCAAAGUUCAGAAUGAAGAAUAUGCUAUCUAUAGCACUGGUAGCUGUAAUCCAUUCCCUCAUUUUGCACAUGGAAGCCAGGAGAAGGCAAAGUGGUUAUUUCACCCUAUUUGCCAGAGAAGAAUGGAGGUGGUGGUCAAUUUGUAUUCUGACUUUGCUCGUUUCAACUCCGUACUUAUGGUUAUUUGCAAGAUGUUUGACUCGAGAAAAUACUUUCAAAAUAGUAAUUUUAUUGGGCCACUAAAACCAAGAGGUCUUUAUUCUUGUUCCCAUAGUUCCCAUUAUGGGAAAAACGGGAGGAUACAGGUUAAAACGGCUCCGUGGGAGGUGGAUUGUAGCAAGAGUGCAUGGAACCACUUUUGCUUGUCUUGGCACCCACACAUCGGCAGAUUAACUGUGUGAGUGACAAACUUAACCCACGGACCACAGUUUUUCCCAUCUUUUUUCUAUUUCUUGUUUUUCAUUAGCUUCAGCACGUUCAUUCACAUUCUUCAUCAUUUGUGAGAACUAGACCUGGUCUAGUGAGAAGGCAUUCUACUGCCUGCAAUUCUGGUGAAGUAAAAUAAAGUAACAACAACAACCACGGUGCAGAAUAUCAAUGUACGUACUGCGCAGCUCCCAGCAUCAGUCACACUAACAAGACUACUGAUAC